AUGACUCCUACAGUCUUCCUAGUCAUCCUGUGCCUGGGAGUGGCCUCAGCUGCUAUAGUCUCUGAUCCCAGUUCGGAUGCUGAAUUGCAAGAGCAGAAGGAUAAAAAAGAACCCAAAACAGUGUCGUGGGAUGAGUUAAUAAAGGCUAUCACACAGCGCAAUGGAGAAAAUGAUGAGGAUGUGGAUGGUCUCAACAUAGAAAUGAGUGCCUUUGGUGAGCUGGCUGAUGAAGAAUUCAUAAAAAUAGUCACUAAGAUUCUUCAACCAAAGUCUGGAAAGGAGAAAAACCAAACAUCCGAAUUUGAGGAUUUGGAAGAGAGUGGGGAUGAGUUUCCUGACCUGGAUCAGCCAGAGUAA